AAUGAGGAUAUUUUUUCUGUACCUCAUAAAAGUCCCGAGACAGAUAGCAACUGUUUUAAAAACACUUUGAAGAUAAAGUGCAAACUGUAUUAUUCAGUUUUUCAAAGUCUGGAACGCAAACUGGUCAUUUAGGUAUCUAUGAGCAGGUUCUACACCAGCUCUUCUGGUAUGUAGACAGAUUUUCAAAGUAGAUAACCUGUGACAGAAUGGUAGCAGUAAUAAUCAUUAAUGAUACCUAUGCAAAACAUGGACAACAGCAACUAAAAAUAUGCACAGACACAUAUCAAUAGGAAUUUUUAUUGUUUUUGCAGUUUGCCAUAUAGUGGUGAUGGUGACAGGGGCGUGGUUCUUUUUUAAAACAAGAAGUUGUACUUACUUUCUUCCAUUUUUGAAGGACUGAGAGAAAUUUUUUGGACACAUGGUGAUAGAAAAGUGAAUUGUGUUUGAGCAUCCAACUGCUAGAAAUGGGAUUUCAUAGAAUCACUAUCAAAAUGUUAGAGCAAUAGCAUUGAACAAUUAGUUAUCUCAUGCUAGGAUAUGUUUGAAAAAUUAUGCUUGGAGGUAGCAUGAAUUAUUUUGCUAAAUACAAAAAAUAAUACACAGUUACUCAGUGGGGAAACAUAUGUAUGUGGGGAGGCUCAUGAGCAUUCUCUAUAGCAGAAAUGACUUAGGUAAUUAAAUUACACAGAAGAGAGAAAGGAAAGAUUGUGGCCCUGUCCUUCAACCUUCUGAAACAUUUCAAUUAUUACAGUGUGAAUACACAAAUCCCCAGGAUCAGAUCCUUAAUGUACUAUUUUGACACAAUCAGAUCACUUAAGUAUUUUUUGAAGUCCAUGGAUAAAUUAAGUUUUCGUGAUUUCUGCAUAUAUAAUUUCUUGCUUCAAUAGCAUGAGUUCUAUACAACAGUCUCAUUAAUAUUUGGAUCUGGGAUUGUGUGCUGCUUCUGUUGAAGCCAAUGGCAAAAUUGCUGUGGGAGCAAGACUGGGUCUGUAAUUAAGUAAAUAGGGUCGACUGUUAUUACAUUGUUGAAUUGGCACUCAAUGCCAUUAACAUCAACCAACCAAAAAAAAAAAUCUUUAACAGUGACUAAUGUAAGGCAGUAUUAAAUGUUGGUUUUAUAACACUUUAUGAGGGAGUGAUAAAGCAAUUGAAAAAUUAAUCAUAAGGGAAAAUACUGGAAUUUGAAAUAUAGUCAGAGGAAUCAUUACAGUUCAUUACUUUAUGUGUAAAUACUGAUGUUUUCCAGUGGAAUUAUAAAAUGCAAGUGAAGUGAAAUGGCUGGUUUCAUUGAAGGCAUUUUGCCAUUAUCAUCAGAUGGAUUUGAUUUGUUUACAGACUCAGCAUUGGGCUGAUCUACAUGGAGAAGUAUUAAUAAACAAGGGCUUUGCCUCCUGUUUGUAAAGCAGCAAUUCCAGUUGCCAUGAUAAAAGUUCUCAAGGAAAAUGUGGAAAGAGCUAAAGAUUUAUUAUUGUUUUGCUAGUUCACUAAAGUGAUGGCAUUUGAACUAACUACACAAAUAGCAAACCAGUAAGAAUAUGUCAGUGGGUUACAUGUCUGUCUCAACAGCUUCACUGAUGGACUCUGGCAGAGAGCAAAGUUGAAUACUGCAUACAAAAAAAUGUUAGUUUUGAUACACACUUAAUAUUUGCUGUAGACUUGCAUGCUACUUACGUUCUGUCUAUUUGUGCCAGGAACAACGUGUACAGGAGGGAGGCUGGCCAAAACAGGAGUUGUCAGUGCUACAGUGAGCAGAUUGUACACUGGAAUGGCCCAAACUGCAGAAGUUCCGUGGAACAAAGGACAUGAACUCUGCAGGUUGUUGGGUUGUUAAGUGCAGCUCAGUGCCAGUGUUAGGCUGCAGGAGAUCACGGCUGGACGUGCAGUUGAGUUUUGAUACAUAGAUGGUCAUACUGAUGAACUAUGCCAUUAGUCUACAUUCAUGUAGGAAAAGGAAACCAAACCAACAACUUUUAGCUUAUUAUCAUUAUUAGUAGUAUUUUUCCUAGAUUGCAGUGUUGGACAAACACCAAAGUGGAAUCACUUUGAGCUGGACACCAUACAAGUAGACACAUAGUUCUCAUCCUGAAACAGUCUUGUUCAAGACUAAAUGUAUUGCUUCUAUAUCACGUGGAAAUGGAAGAUUGGAAUAUAAGAGGGAAAAAAAGUUGUAUUAAAUCUGUGUAGGUAUAGUUUCAUUCUUCUAAAAUAUGCACAAAUCCUAUGUUUAUAAGUACUUCCUUGCUGUUGCUACUGUUUCAAGUAAGCAUAGAUGUUCCAGGGUGUAUGGCAGAUAAAUAAUAGAAAAUUAUGAAAUAUGCAUAUUGGUAUCCCUUUUUUAAGAGAAUAAAUAUUUUUAUUUGGGUUUGAGUGUAGCUUUCUAGUACUGUUAAAUUCAAUAAGACUUCUGUAUUGGUAAGGCCUUGAAAUGUCACAACAGUUGUUCUGAACCGUUUUGACUUCAGUGGGAGUUGGCUGAGAAGCAUACUAAGAGACAAGUGAUGAUUUCAUAGGUAUUCAGUAUGUGUUAUACUGCUUCCUACUGUGUGCCAUAGAAGGUGUAUGCAUUUCCUCAGAAAUGCAGUUGUUGUUAAUGAUACAAGUGAAUACAGUGAUUAAAAUAUAACAAGACAAUUACGGAUCAAUAGCUGUGUGUUCCAAAUGCUACAGGAUAAUGAAAUAAAAUCCCAGUAUUUUUCUUCUUUUAAUGUAAAGUCAUGUUACAGAGACUGAGUGUUCUACAAAUGCCACAAAAUUUCAGGUUUUUAAGAAGAUUCUCAUUGCCUCUGCCAAGAAAAUUGGUUCUAGACUUCUGUCUGAGAAUAUGAAAGAAAAGGAAGAAUGUGUGUGGAUUUAAAAUCACUGUAUUUAUCAAGUUGUGGAGUGAGAAAUACUGGGGAAAUAGCUUGCUCUGUUGCUCAUUGUAGAUCUACUACAAAUUGUUUCUGAUGCAGCUGAGAAAAAUGCAGACCCUUAAAAAGGAACACGGACCUGUUGACACAAGUAGCAAUGUGGACAAAAUCAUGGUACUUAAGUCUACCUUAGCUGAAGUGUCUGAAGAAUUGUCUACAAAUGAAGAUAUAUUACUUACUGAAGCAAGUAGCGGAAAAAGCAAAUCUUCAGCUUGCCGGAGAAAGCGAGAAUUCAUUCCAGAUGAAAAGAAAGAUGCUAUGUAUUGGGAGAAAAGGCGGAAAAAUAAUGAAGCUGCCAAAAGAUCUCGUGAAAAACGACGACUGAACGACCUUGUCUUAGAGAACAAACUAAUUGCCCUGGGAGAGGAGAAUGCCACUUUGAAGGCGGAGCUGCUUUCAUUGAAGCUAAAGUUUGGUUUAAUUAGUUCUGCAGCCUAUGCCCAAGAGAUACAGAAACUCAGUAGCUCAACAACUGUGUAUUUCCAAGACUACCAGAGUUCCAAAUCAAAUAUUAGCUCAUUUGUAGAUGAACAUGAACCAUCUAUAGUUGGUAGCAGUUGUAUUUCUGUCAUCAAACAUUCUCCUCAAAGCUCAAUGUCCGAUGUGUCUGAAAUAUCAUCCGUAGAGCACACUCAACCAAGUCAUAUACAAAGCAACUGCAGAAGUCCUGAAAAUAAAUUCCAGAUUAUAAAACAGGAGCCCAUGGAAUUAGAGAGAGAGACAAGAGAUGACAGAGGUUCAUAUAAGGCAUCCAUAUAUCCAAACUACAUGGGAGCUACCUUUAAUGUGUACUCACAUUCUCCUCCUCUCCUGCAAGUUAAUAGGUCCUCCAGUAAUUCCCCCAGAACGUCAGAAACUGAUGAUGGUGUAGUUGGAAAGUCAUCUGAUGGAGAAGAUGAACAGCAGGUUCCUAAGGGUCCAAUCCAUUCCCCAGUUGAACAUAAAAAUGUUCAUGCAACAGUUAAAGUUCCAGAAGUGAAUUCUUCAGCUUUGCCUCACAAGCUUCGAAUUAAAGCCAAAGCCAUGCAAGUUAAAGUGGAAGCAAUGGAUAAUGACUACGAUGCAACACAGAAAUUGUCAUCACCCAUUGACAUGUCCUCAAAAAGACAUUUUGAGCUUGAAAAACAUGGUGCACAAAAUUUGGUGCAUUCUUCUCACACUCCCUUCUCGGUUCAAGUGACUAACAUCCAAGACUGGUCACUUAAACCAGAACUCUGGCAUCAGAAGGAACUCAAUGUAAAAAUUCAGAGUGGUUGCAAAACUGGAGUUGUUGAAAUAAAAGACAAUAUCUACAAUGUCUCUGAGUCAGAGAACCUGUAUUUGAAGCAGGGCAUAGCAAACUUAUCUGCAGAGGUUGCUUCACUUAAAAGACUUAUAACUACACAACAAAUCUCUGCUUCAGACUCUGGUUAAGUUACUACUGAAUAAAGGCUUACUGUUUUAAAGGAUGUCAUUUGCAGUAGAUCAAUAUGUUUUGUAUUAUGCUGAAUUUUCACUGGACUUGUGAUGUCAUUUCACUGUAACGUUCACAUAAUGUCUGAUUGGUGUCUUUUUGUGCACAAAUUAUUAUGAAGACUAGGUUGUGUUAUGAUCACUAUGCCUUGUGUAUAGCCAAGUAGCCUGUACAAAGGCUGUAUAUAGUGAACUUAAUUUUCUUUCUGUUCUACUAUAAAGCCUGCAAGUUACCAGUUACAAUAAAAUAUUGGUGACAAACACAGAACACCUACUCCAGUUCAGUUGAUUUUAUGAACUUGUAAAUAAGUUGUUAAUUAAAUAAUGGCUUUUUCUUACACUGUGCUCAACUUCACUUACAUGUUUGGUUUUUACAGCCUAACAACCAAAUUACAAUUUACAACAUCUGUAAUCCUUCUGGCCACCUUUUUCCUUAACAUGUUUUUUAGAAGAGAAUAGAAAUAAAGUGAGUAUUUAUAAAUGAAACAGUACCAAUUUAUAGCCUUAGCCUUCUUUAACUUAUUUAUUAGUAGAAGUCAACCAAAACCCACACAAAUUCUAACCCAGUAACUAUCUAAUAUCAACAACCUUUUUUCUCCUUCUAUCUCAGAUGAGACAGUAAUGAGUUUCCUGAGUGGUUUAUUGUGAUGAACCGUAUUUUCACUAAUAUAACUUGGUGUUUAGAUGAAAUUAGUUAAGUUGGAUUUGUGCAUCUGCAAAGUUUUCAGAGCCUUGCAGUGAGAGAAUUGGGCAGCUCCAUCUUUGCCAAGGGGUGGCUUCUGCGUGCAAGGGGUGCAGGGGUGGAAAGAAGCAUGCACGAAGGCUGCAUAAAAGAGUCUGUCCCUCCUGCAUACCAUGGUUCUUUCCAUGCAGACCAUGGGCCACCUGUAGAUGAAGGAUAAGGCUACUGGAUCUGUAAACUCUGAGCUCAACUAGGCAAAUAUCUACAUAAGGGGCAGGCAAUCGUAGUAGCAGAGUUAGAGGAGAUCAUCUGCUGUUUUAGUUCCCAGUGUGGGACAUAAUGCAAUUGUAAGUAUGAAGUAAGACUUACCACCAAUUUGGCCUUGGUUUCAAUGGCUUAGUUAACUGAACUGGAAUACCCUGACUCACUACAGGGCAUUUUGCAAGAACUUCUUAACUGUAAAAUAGAGACUAUGUAAAGAACUGCACAAUCCAGAUACUGCUAGCCCCUUACAAUUUAUGCAGAUGAUAAGUUCUUCAGUUGAUGACUGGACAGGGCCGUCGUGCUCCUUGUCUUUGAGAAGUGCCAUUGAACCAUGGAGACUAGAAUUGGAUCACAUAUCCUUGGUUUGGCUUACCGAAGUCUUUCAUUUUAAAAUUAAAAAUAAUUUAUAAAUAGAGCAUAGACUUGGCAGAGGUUCUUUUCAUGAUACUUUCCCCUUCUUUUAACGUACUAACGUACUAAUAAAUCAGACUAACAAAUAAGCUUUUCCUCAAAAGGCUUUUUAUUAAUUGCCAUACUGUAUAAUGAAUGGAACCGUUCCAUAGACUUAAAAUACUAGUUAAGAAAACAAUAUGUAGGUAUUGUUUUUUAAAUUCAUACUUGACUUGAGUGAGAGGAAGUUUGUCAAUUUUUUGGGGAUAUGAAGAGGAGUCUGAGUUACUCCUGAUAGCUCUGAAGCUUGGUCCAGCAGUCAAGGCAAUGGCAGAACUCCCUGAUGUCAGCAAGGCCAGGAUUCACUUCUGUACCUUUUCAGGAGCUGAUGAUUCACAGCCAUGUUCUGGGAGGACCUUGGCACAGAAAUCACUGGUACUUUCUGAGCUUUUUUGAGCCUUCUAACUGCUGUGCUGUAUUUGUGGCAUUCAGAGUUAAUAAACUGUUAUUCUUUUUUCAUGCCUUAAUAAUACAAUAGACCCCAUAGCUGGGCUCUGUAUGUAUUUGGUAAUUAAUAUAGAUGACAUUUCAAUGUUACUGAAAAUAAGCUCAGGAUUAUUGCAUGAAAUGUAAAAAUUUGCAUUGAAUGAUGGGGAUAUGAGACAUGAGGCAGUGAUUGCUACUGUCUCUUUGCUUGCUAAGUAUCUUCUGUAAGCAACAAUAAAAUUCUUUAAAUAUUUUGCAUAUUAUUUAUCACAUGUAAUGUGUUCAAGGAGAGGACUUAAAACUCUCAGUGUUGCCAUCUAUGUAAGCCUAGAUCUAUUGGGUUUUUUUUCCAUUUCUUGUUACAGUUGUUUGUCAUAAUGGAAGAAUGUUGUCCUCUUUCUAGCUCAUUAUAUAUUUUGUGUAUCUGUUUUGUGCAAUUAAUACUUAACAGUAAUGAUGUAGUUAAUUUGUUGAAGGAUGUCAUUGCAAGAAAGUUAUAGCAUGGAGCUUAGGAGCACAAUCAGAUGUUAUUUAUACUCCCUUUAUACCUUAGUGUUAUGCUUCAUUUGAAGAAAGAAAUAAAUAAUUUGUCUUUUGUUCAAAACCA